AUGCCCAUUGCAUUCAAUGCCCCUCCUCCCCCAUUCCUCUCCACCCCCUCCCCUCCUUACAGCCGGCUGGGAGCGAACUACCUGACGGGCACGCUGCCAGCCAUGGCCUUGCAGCUGCAGGUGCUGGCCAUCGCCAGCAACCUCCUGGCGGGCGCCUUCCCCACGCAGCCCUUCCAGCUGUGCGACAUCCGCAGCAACUGCCUCUCCUCGCCGGGCUCCUGCACCAACGAUGCCGGUGUGGCUCAGCGUGCCACUGGCUGUGCCUUCUGUGGGUCUGCUACAGGCACCCCGCCCUUCUGUGCGGGAACCACCUGCACUCCUGAUGUCGCUGCUCUCCUUACUGCCGGCACUGUGAACAGCCCUAAUGGCACGCUCGCAGCGAUGUUCUGCGAGGCUGUUCCAGUGGAUGAUAACUCUGCGCUGGCGCUGCUGGCACUGAGGGCGGGGCUGGGCGUGAGUGCUCUCAGCUGGGCGGUGGACUCGCCCUGCACUAUCGCUGGCAAUGCCCCCGCAGUGGACAGCUGGACGGGCGUCGUCUGCGACCUCUCAAGCCAAGUCUAUGUGUGUGCUAUGUUGUUUGCUAUGUGUGUGGAGCCUCGGAGCAACGUGGCGUCCAACCUCUUGGAUGCGCGCAUGAGCGAGUGGGCUCUGCCUCUCACCGGCCUCAAGGCACUCAAGCUACUGUCUCUCAACUACAACUGGUUCUCAGGCCCUCUGCCCUCAUACCUCCUCACCAUGUCCUCCCUCUCAGCACUCAACGUGCAAUUCAACUACCUCGCUGGUCCCAUCACCGGCACUCCCUCUGCCUCCCUCAAGUCCCUCAACGUCGCCUCCAACCUCCUCACAGGAACCUUCCCAGCAACAUCCACCACCGCAUGUGAUGCACGCAGCAACUGCCUAGCAGACUCCUCCAAGUGCCUUGCCUCUGCCUCCUCCACCCAGAGGCUUGCCGCUGCCUGCACCCUGUGCGGUGCUGGGAGUUCCGGUGCGGUGAUAUGCAAUGGAGGGGUGUGCGCGCCUGACACUACCGAGCCAGUGGCAGCCUUCACACCUAAUAGCGCCUCAGAUGCGAUGCUGCCCAUGCAGUGCUCGGGUGUUCGCAUUGACGCUACAGCAGUUUCGGUGCUUGGGAGUCUCAAGGUGGCGCUGGGAGUGCCUCUCACUGACUGGGGAGUGAACUCCCAGUGCACUGCGGUCGGGGUCAGCAUCUCCGUCCCUGGUCCUGGGGACUUGGGAGGCGUGUUGUGCAAUGCUGCCGGUUCUGUGGUGGAGAUCAACCUCAACACACGCAACCUGGCUGGGUCCAUGCAUGGGGAUAUCUCCAAGCUCACUGCGCUCACCACUCUCCCCAUCUGCGGCGCCUGGAUCCCCAUCUCUCCUCUUUCAUCUCCACGCCCAUCCCCUCAUCCAACAGUCAUCGCCCUCCAGUGUCAGGGUGCCAAUCCCCAGUCCUUUAUGGUCUACCCCUUCCUUUCUCCCCCAUUUCCUGGCUUCCCGUGUUCCCCACUUCCCCUUUUCCUCACUUCCCCUUUUCCUGCCCUCCCCCGACCCAUCCUCCCGUGCCUUCUCUCAUAUGCUCCCCUCUCGCUUCCCCCCAGGGUCUUCCACACAAACUUCUUGGCCGGUCGCCUGGAUGCUUUCACAGCGCCCUUCACCUCUCUUACCAAGCUGGAGAACCUUCCCUCGACUCCGUCCGAUUCACCACCCCCCUCCCCCUUUCCUCCUCCUCUUCCCUGUGUGCUGUGCAGUCAUCUGCACUACAACUACCUGUUUGGACCCAUCCCCUCGGCGCUUAUCGGUCUCAAGGGCCUCUUCAAGCUGAGUCUGGGCUCCAACUAUCUCACCAGGAGCGUGCCUGUUCCAAGCGCCACUCUCAAGCAGCUUGACCUGGAGAACAACUACCUCGUGGGAGCCUUCCUAACAGGCUCCUUCCAGCUCUGCUCAGCACGCACCAAUUGUUUCUCGAGUGCUGCCGCUUGCACGGCGAACGCAGGCAAAGGGACUGUUCAGAGAGCCACGUGCAGUAUCUGCGGCAGUGCCGAUGGCACGGGGGUGUUGUGUGGCAGCGGUGGUGCGUCCACCUGCCAGCCCACUGCUGCUUCCCUCGCUUCCCUCUCCACGCUUAACAGCCCCACUACCCCUGCACUCCCAAUGGCGUGCUCCUUGCUGCCUGCUGUCCCCGUCAACUCUACUGCAAUGGCAGCGCUGCUGGGCAUCAAGGCAGCCUUGGGAGUGACGCACACAGGGUGGGCGGCAGGUGCUGUGUGCACGCUGGCAGGGACAGCUGGCACUGUAGCGAGUGGGAGCUUGACGGGUGUGGAGUGUGACUCAGCUGGCAACCCCGUCAAGAUCACUCUCAACACCCAGCAGCUGUUCGGAGUGCUCCCUGCUGAUGUCACCAAACUCACAGCGCUUACUUACCUCAACCUGCAGUCAAACCUGUUCAGGGCACGCCUUGAAGAUUUCGCGCUGAGGCUUCCUACCCUCACCAACCUGGCAGUGCUCCUGCUGGACUACAACUGGUUCAAGGGCUCGCUGCCCCCGCCUCUCCUUGCCAUGACCAAACUCACCCGCCUGAGCAUGGCGUACAAUUACCUGACAUACCGUGUUCCACCAGUGUCAGCAUCACUCAAGGCGAUUGACCUUUCAAACAACUUCCUCUCGGGCAACUUCCCUGCCAACUCCGCCACCUCCUGCGUCUCUGCUGCCAACUGCUUUGCCGGCGCCGCCGCCUGCAACACCGCUAGCGAGCAGAGCGGCACAGCACAGCGAGCGUCGGGGUGUGAUAUCUGUGGCACUGCGGCUGGUCAGGGCAUGCUGUGCGGCGGCACAGGGGUGUGCACGCCCAAUGCUGCUGCACUGUUCACUGCCAAGACCGUGAAUGCUGCCGCUGCUGCUGUACUUCCCAUGGCUUGCGUUGACCUUGUGUGUGAUGCAGCUGCAACUGUUGCCUGCCCCCUUGACUGGCGCUGCCAGGGCCUGAACGAUCUGUCCUACAAUCUCUUCUCUGGUCAGCUCUCCAAGUUCGUUUCCAACAUGGCGCCUCUCACCACCAUGGCCAUACUGACCCUCAACUCCAACUACCUCUUUGACAGUAUCCCAUCGGCUCUGGUCAACAUGCCUAAACUCACAGAACUCCGGCUGGGAGCGAACUACCUGACGGGCACGCUGCCAGCCAUGGCCACGCAGCUGCAGGUGCUGGCCAUCGCCAGCAACCUCCUGGCGGGCGCCUUCCCCACGCAGCCCUUCCAGCUGCACCCCGCCUUUCUGUGCGGGCACCACCUGCUCUCCCGAAUGCCACCCUCGCAGCGCUGCCGGCCGUUCCAGUGGAUGAUAACUCCGCUUGGGCUCAUGCCGAGUGUCUUCUUCUCACUCAAACCGAGAUCAGUGCUCUACCCACCCAACCCUGAUUUGCCUCGCUUCGAGAUCUUUGCUCUAUACACCCACGCCCCCGCUGGCGCUGCUGGCACUGAAGGCGGAGCUGGGCGUGAGUGCGAGCAGCUAGGCGGUGGACUCGCCCUGCACUCUCGUUGGCAACGCCCCCGCAGUGGACAGCUGGACGGGCAUCGUCUGCGACCUCUCGAGUCAAGUCCCUCGGAGGUACCCCUUCCUCCUUCUAUGCUCUGUGAAGCCUCGGAGGUACCCCUCCCUCCUUCUUUGCUCUGUGGAGCCUCGGAGGUACCCCUUCCUCCUUCUGUGCUCUGUGGAGCCUCGGAGGUACCCCUUCCUCCUUCUGUGCUCUCCGCGGCGGCGCCCAGCUACGAUCAUUACUGGUCGCGCCACCGUUCCGCUCCGCCAGCCCUUCCGCAAUCCCCCUUGCCCCAUCCGCGCACGCCGCUGCCUGGUGGGUCCCCCCGCGUGCAUCCGUCCGCCACCGGCGCCAGCCUCCGCUUGCUGCGGGGGUGCAGCGGAAGAGAGCGCCAGGGGAAGCGGGCGCACGGAGGCACGAUCGGAAGCUGUCGGGAGAGAGAGCGUGUUGCGGAGCGGGAGCUUGGCGCGGGGUGCUCAGAGCGCGCAAGGACGCGCACGGAGUGGGGCGGAAAAUCACGGGGAAAUGCGCGCGAGGGAAUACGGGCGCGCGAGUGGCGGAGAAAGCGUGCAACGGGGUGA